CUGCAAGUAACGAAGUUACUCCUUCUACAGGUGUUCCAUACGUACUGCUUUUAUUACUCGUCUGAUGUUUUAGUUUUUACAGAUUCAGAUUUUCCUGCAGUAACGAAAUGGAGAUGCGUAGGAACGCCAGCUUUAUUGUUCAUCAUCGUUACACCAACAGCAGGGCUGUUUGCUUUCAUUACUACCCUCGAUCGAUUUUACUGUGUUAUGUUCCCUUUGAAAUACCUUAAACGACGAGUCACUUAUGCGCUUAUAGUAAUGUUUUCGGCAUAUUUUAUAGCAAUAAUACCUGUUGUAACAACAAUUAUGCACAGCUAUCCCUUCAGGUUUAUCAGCGACGUGAGUUUCUGUCUCGGUAACGCUGUUACAGCUGCGGACUUCAUCAUGCUUAGGGUUAUUCGUGUGGUAUCCACACUAUCCUGCGUAUUGAUUUAUAUUCCAAUAUUUCUGAAGAUGUAUAAGGUACAUUUUAAAUUCACUAAAUAUCUACCAAAUUGUAAAAGCUGUUCUAAAUUGUUUAGAAUAUACGUGAGCACCACCUCAUCACGAACCAAGGUGCGAGAACUCAGAAAAAGUUACUGCGAAUGA